AUGUUCUCUUUACCAUCUUCAAUCACAUUUACUUCACUCUCAUCUCUCCUAGUGACCAAAGUAGCUUUAGCAAGAGACAGCAUCAAAGUCAAAAUCAACUUACCUCCAACUGGUGAAUAUAGAGAUUGGGAGAACUCUGCCGAUUAUAAAGGUGGAGGUGAUAGUAAAGUACAUACGUUCAACAUCCAACAGAUUCAAGAUGAUUUCGCUAUCAAACAUGGUAAUAAAAGAUGGGAUAUGACUCGUUAUGUCAAAGCUACCGAUACUACUGAUAAGCUCAUACCUGAAUUUACCCUUGCCGACGUAUUGAAAAAGCCCAUCGAAGUCAAAUUCGGUGGUCCGGCCAGACUUUGGUGUCCCGCCGAUCAAGGUACAUGCACCAAGAAGAACUGUCAAGUACCCAAUAUCGAUUCUACAGCCGCAUAA